UAUUUUCGUUGAAUCAUGAUAGAAACGAUGAGAAAUACACUUUUCGAGCAUGGCUCGUGCCAUCCUGUAGUGAACCUGUGGCACCGGCACGGUGAAGAGAGUUCUUGUGGAUUGUUCUUCUCCGAUAAAACGCAUGAUAUUUCGCUGUGAUGCAAUGAUCGCAUCAUUGCGUGGUGAAGAAGAAUACAACAAGGGACGACCACCUCUUCACCACCACCUCCAGGAGCACGAUUUAAUUAAGACACGAUGAAGAAGCAGAAAGUGGCUGUGUCACGACCUGUCGUGAGUAACCCACAAGAGGGGGCAGGCGGAGCAAGCGCAGCUCCGUCGAAAGGGAGUUUGGCUUCAACGAGUCCAUCGCCUGUUGCAGCCUCUCCGGAGUUUGGUUCUCCAUCGGUCGGCGGUUUGGAUCUACCUGGAGCCGUGAACACUGACAGCACAACCGGAGCCGUAGAAGAUGAUGGCAAUAUUCCUGCAGAGGACACCGACCUUGGAAGAAGGAGGCGGACAAGGGCCGCGUCGAGGAUCUUUACUGAUUCUAUUAGCCGGACGAGCAGAACCAGUAGGAGCAGGAGAUCUUCACGUGGAGGUGCUCAACAACAGAGCAGAACAUCAGGGAGGUCUAGCCGUGCGUCAGGAGUUGACAGGAGAACAGGAGAAGACCAAGUCGGAAUUUCUGCUCGGAGGAGUUUACGUGAACAUGGGAACUCAGUCGUAAGCAAUUUCUGGCGGAGAGAUUUGCUAGGGUUGCCGGAUGAGGGCCUUGCUUUUGGAUCAUCUUCUUCCGAAGACGAGGAUGAGGGUGCGUCUUCAACUACAGUAGUUGAUCCUCCAGCACAGGAGGGUACUAGUCGCGCUAGUAGUAAACGACCUAAAGGAGGAGCUGUUGACGAGGAUGGGGACAAAAAAAUGAAAAUCCAAGAUUUCAUGAGUAGUAAAGAUAGUGGUCCACCUCCUCUAUCCGAUCUAGGUCUAGCGUGUGGACGUAGUGGGUGGAAGCGUCCUCCAGCAAGUCAUCAUGACGCAGGAGAAGGAGAAGAAGAUACAACAACAGAAGAUCUUCAUGCUAGAUUAAGGCUUCCCCUAAUCCACCCCUUCUGUAGGGAUCCCUCAAACAUAUGCGCACCAAUACAAGGGAGAUACUGACGCCCAAUACAAUUGAGGGAUUUCCACAGGGAUGAAUAGGGGAGAGCUCUAACUAGAGUUGGGGGUCGUAGGUCGUCUACUAGGAAUCAUAUGAGUGUCCCGGAGUUGGUAGGUCCGAAUGUCCCUCCGUCAAGCUCUCUAUCACCCGCACAAGGAGAGCCUCCAGAUAGUGCGAAGCAGGACAUGGAUGUCGACAUGGAAGGAGAUUCUACAAAAAUAGAAGUAUUUGGUGAGCAACGUCAAGAACUUUCUGAUGAAGGAGUAGCAGGUACAACGACCACUGGUGCUAAAAAUGUGACAACUUCUGUUCUUUCAUCUGCGGAUUAUACUACUGGUGCCACAUCAACUUCUGUUCUUUCUGCUUCCGCUGAUAUUAUUUUAAGGGUUGAAACAUUUCAUUUUUGCAAGCCUUCUCCGCUUGAGAUUGCUACUAAAAAUAGUGAAAUGUUUCAACCUUUAACUAUUGCAGCAUCUUCAAGAGCCUCACACUACUCUGUCGCCCCUUCAAGUAGUACUUCGAGAAAGCGUGGCUCUUCCAGUCUUUUUCUUCCUAGUUCAUCUCUUUCACGGCGGGCACGGUUAGGACCAGAGGGAGAGGGGGGAGAAAUGAAGAGCAUGCGAGGACCCGGGGGAGACCUCAAGAGCGUGCGAGCAGGCGGGAAGAAGGAGAAGGAUAAAGACAAGGUCAUGGAGGGUAAGGACAUGAGUGAGGAGCUCUUUAAAAAAGCCAUGAAGAAAAACCCGAAGCAAACGGAGAAAGUCUACAAGGAAAUGUUGUUAUGGGUCGAAUUUGCAUCAUUUCCGAGCUAUCAUUCACAACCAAGAAAGACAAGAAGCGAGGUACUAUAACACGGAGUUGUACUACUUUGGCAUUUACUUCUGGUUCUUCAGUCUGUCGACACUACGUCUGUCGACACUUUCUUGGACGGACCCCAACCUAACCCAACCGACCGAGCCGAGGAACAUUUGCAUAUUUCUAAGAUAAUGCUUUCAAAAGUUUUUGUUUCUCGUUCCUCCUCUCCCACCAGUAUUUUUUUUGAAUUUUUAUUUGAGACGAAGGAGCUAGUCUUCAUCCUCCUCUUGCUUCUAACCUACAAGUCUGGCGUUUUCUCCAAAGCUGCAGCGCAAUCCGUGACGGUGCAGGUUUGCGACGAGAAGAAAGAGUCUUUUCAGCCGCUUGAUGAUCAGAAGUUGAACAUCAGUUAAGGAUUCGUUGAUUAAUGCAUCUCAAGUAGAAGACCCAUCUUUGACACUGACACGAUUAUUUUUCUGCUGCUGUUCCUCGCCUACUAGUAGUAGAGUAAUCUCCUCCUUACAGAUACUCAAUAAGGACCGCUCUCUCUACUUACAAGUAAUGCUGUUCUCAAAAUCAACUGGCCCGAGGACACGCAUCGGACAACUAGAAGAUCUUUAUUUUACCGUCUACUCAAUAAGCUGCAUAUCGUAGGACGAUAAUUAACAAGGACAUCUUGUUCUGGGGAGCAUCAGCGAAGAAGAUACGAGUAAGGACAUCUUGUUCUGGGGAGCAUCAACGAAGAUAGAUAAAAAAAAUACAAUAUACUUACCGGAUUCUUGCUUCUAAGGAAAUGAGCGCAAGGUGCUUGCCGAGAUGUGUGGCGUGCCUCCUGGUCAGCGUUUGUUGCUGAAAGAUAUUCGCGACGCUGUCGGUGUCAAUACCAAUUAAGGCUAUACAACUUGUAUAUCGUCUAAAUUGUUUGAAUGACCUCCAAUAAGGAGGUACUACAACACUGAUCGGCCUCACAGAUAGAUACCUACUGCUAUAUUUAUAAGAGGCUCCAUGACAUGACAGGAUGUCCAAGAACUAUGGCGGUUUUACUAGAACUCCUGAAUUUUUUUUAGCGUCAUCUACGCAGGAGCGCACAAACUGAAACAAUAGUUAUACUUCUCCGCUGCACAUUCUUGGGAUACUAGACUAGUCAACUCUGAAUUCAUACACUUCUAGGGACACUCCUCAAUCUUCUCUGACAAUUGACAACUCAUCUUCUCAUCUGACAACUGACGGGUCAUCUUCUUUGACAACUGACGGGUCAUCUUCUUUGACAACUGACAGGUCAUCUUCUCUGACAAGUGACCUCAACUCGCAUGCUCCUGACCUCAUAGAUAUCUUCUCUAAGUUAGGGCGCUUAGUGAGAACGCUGGAGCGAUCUUGGCAGCAGCAGCUGUGGAGAUGGGUGACACUGGCGGCGAUGAAGAUGGUCCGAGUGCAAUUGAUUUAGCUGCCAUUCUAGUGGCGCAAGGUGUGCUUUCUAGAUUUUUUUUGGAAGAUGAACAUAAUCUACUUUUAUUUCACUUUUUCACUAAAUGCAAAUCCCUUAGUUACAAUCUGCCCCAUGGUUAUUUUUGAGGUUCUUCUUUCUGCAGCCACGACAACAAGUAGAAGAUUAAUCAUAUCAUCUCCAUUAAUCAUAUCAACAUCUCCAUUAAAAAUCAUAUCCCACACCAGGUUUUUCGGAGAUGUACUCUUUGCAGAUGGCGGGGUUGAUUAACCAUCCAGAUACAGACGACGAUGACAGAAUAACACCAGCAAAAGGGAGCGACCUUUAAGACGUAAAGCUUGUUUAUUACAUGGAUCAUGACCUUGAACAAGAAAGGUUUUCUUGCGUUUUUUUUCCUACUUAAUAGGGUGUGUGAGGACAGCUCCACCACAAACUAUAUCGAUCAUGAAGAAUGUCAUCACCCCAGGCAGCCCCUGUCAGCUGCUACGUGGUUCAAAAUGAAUGCAUAAAGUCAGAGUCAUUGCUUUAUAUCAAAGGAUGGAUUUGCAUUUGCAUACUGCCGCCUUUUUCUUCUUCUAAGAGGUAAUUCUUGUUGUAGGGAAAACACAUGUCGCCAAAGAUUUAUAUAUAAUGAGAGGUAGUUAUAGACCCCUUCUCCUUCUCUAACGCAUGAAGCUGUUGAACGCUUUGGACAUGAACAAUGCAACAACAGUAGGCAUUUUGCGUGGUUUUGUUGCAGCACGUGGUUGGGGUGGUUGUCGAAUGCUCAAGUCUUACAGCGAUGAGGCGCACGACCUCCUUCAUAUCAAAAAGAAAAAGAAAGGAGCGAAGGGCGACCCAGUCUUAGACGCACUUCAGAUUAAGGCUCAAUACGAUUCAUUUCUACGAGGCCUUGCUCACUGUUUUCUUUAUAAGAAAGUGGGCUAGUAAGUUGUAGAUUAGUCAAUCUCGUCAAAUCCUACAUUCUUCAGGAUUGUGACUGAGAGUGAGAAAAUGGCAGCAAGAAAUGAAUUGAAAUUGUCUAUUUGAGGUGGUCUAAUCAGUAUCAGAAGGGAAGCGACGAGGGCAACAAAAAAAGCGGUAAAAAUCCAGACAUACCAAAGAAAAAAGUAGACAAUAAGGUUUUAGAUGGUAAAGCUGACAGAAAGGAAGUCCACUUCGCAUGUCGGGACGUCGAUCCGAAGGUGCUAGAUUUAAGGUUUUCCAAGUUACAUCCUCCAGUAACAUCCUUGAUGACCUAUAGUAGAUCUUCUACAAGCAACUAGAAAAAUGGGCCGCUAGGGCAAGGAUGUUCUGAGACUGAGGAAUGUAAUAUUUCUGCAAGAACUACCUCUAAUAGAUGACCUCCUUGACCAGAUCAAGAAUUUCGACGACAAGGGUGGCCGUGGUAAGCCUCCUGGAAGUCCGGACAAUCCUUUUGCGGAUAUGGGGAAGGCUACUUCGGAAGACAUAGCCAAGUUAAGACUCAAUAUCCUUCAUAUGAUCUACAAGUCAUUUCAUUCUCCCUUGUAGAUUAGGAAAGGGUUGGGAGAAAUGUACUUCCUACAAAAAUUCUGUCUAAGAUUCUGAUUACUACAAUAGGCAAGAGAUGAAUUGUUUUGGGCUCUAAUUAAGCUCCGUGACCUGCUAGAUAUGCCAGAACCACCAACGCCUGCAGGACGUCGACCACCGCCUGGCGGGCAUAAACUGCGUGUGCCGAUGCAAACACUGGAAGAUAAAUUUUAAGACUUCCGGAAAUUCAUCUUGAAAGGCAUCUUUGGCACAGUUUCAACGGGAAACCAUAACCAGGUCAAGGAUGCACUGGCUGCAGGAUGAAGAUUUGGAAGGUCUAAAAAUUAGCAGCGAAGGUGAGAGAGGGCAAAAGUGAAACGACAGGUCAAGAUUUCCAAGAUGCCAUGGAUGGUGGGCCUGGUGCGAAAAAAGGUGGAUUUUCUCCCGACGAACGCGCAAAACAGAUGCUGAUGCACAAUUUUUAAGGCGAUUACACGAACUACACUACCACUGACUCGACACUAGCUCAAACUAAAUGUAUGAUCUGGUGUCUCGACGUGACGAGUCAUCGUGUUGAGUAAUUUUAAGGGAAGGAUGAAUGAAAGGGGAUCAACAAGAACCCAAGCUCAACCUACCAGGAGGGAGUCUCUAACUGUGGUCCUCGAUUGAUUCCUUUAAGUCAUCAUAUAUUUCGACUAGUGUCAAGAUGUGCUCCGACUAGUGUCGAUAGUGGGUGUGAUGUUGUCAGAUGUCUCAACUAGUGUCGAUAGUGAAGCGCUAAUGUAUAGGAGUGAGUGAGCCGUAUGCAGAGCAGCUGGCGAAAAUUCUCGUAGAUGACAAAGUUAAGGCCUACUUCAUGAAGUAGAGCGUAGUAGCUGUUCUCUCAUGUAUUCAAGGAGAAACAAGAAGAGGUAUCAGGAACAUGGUCUAUUUCAAGAUGGAUUUCAAAUGGUUUCAUGAUUUCUUCAAAGUUUCUCAUUGGAUGAUGUCGUCAAGAUUUCUCACUUGAAUGAGCUCUAAGAAAGGCGAUCCGCAUGGGAAGAUACCACCACCAUCGUCUCCGGAAGAUAAGGCGGCCGCAGGUAAAAGCAAGGACGCCUUUAAAAACCUGAGCAACUUACGGAACGCAGUCAAGCAGGCCCAUAUAGCAGACAAGAAAGUGAAUCCCAACUGGAACGAUCCUCCGAAAAAAAAAGAGGAAAAGAAAGAGAAAUUAUGCUAUCAACAGCGUUGAUUUUUAUCCAUCUUCUGUCGUCGAGGCAGCAUCUCGACAUUACCCCUUUUUGCACUUGUAUUAGUAAUUCCAUGGCGAACAUCAAGGGGUCGUCGAGAUGAGCAGGGGACCACCAAGAUCAAGAUGAAUAAAAGCUGACUGCUCUAAAGAAAAAGAAAGACGAGAAGAAAGACAAAGAAGAUAAGAAGGAAGCUGAUGACAAAAAGAAGAAGAAGGAUGACAAGGAGAAGGAGAAGGCCCUGCCGGACGGAGCCAAGGCCUCGAUGUCUGUCAAAGACGGCAAGGAGCUUGGAAGUGGAAAAAAUUAAGGUCGAGGGCCCUAAUGCUAAUCCAUCUUUUUCCAAAGCAUACUUAAUUCUGAACAAGAGGACCUUGUACUUCUUCUAUCAAGUAGAAGUAGUGGAAAAAAAUCUAGGCAUAUAAACUCCAGGAUCACAAGUGGCUAGUUGUCUCAAGAAGAUGUAUCAAUCAUCAGGGUCGUCGUGUCCCUCGUGAACUCUAUUACCUCUAAAAAAAGGAUAAAAAGAAGGACAAAAAAGAGAUGAAAAUGAGUGCUGGCAAAUCGCUUAACGCGAGCAACGCCAACGAUGACGAUGGAGCUGGCCCUAGUGGACGGACUGGUGGUGAUAAAACGCUCGAACAUGGCCAAUCAGAUAGUAAGCUUAAGGCUUCUUCGCGUAAUGUGAUGAUCUCCCACUGACUCCCAUUUUGUUUUUGAAAUUCAACAUGUUUAAAUUGAAUAUUCAAGAAAUGCAUGGUCCAUUUUCGUAGAAGUCGUGCUAGGAUGAGAGACCAGAGAAGUUUGUUUCAAGGGCGGAAAACAGUCUCACCAGGAUUCAUUGACCUCUUCAAGAUCCCCGUGGAAGAUUUUCAUACAUAUGUAUCUAACAGAUACAUGUCUACCUCUAAAUAUAGUUCUACAUAGUAAUAGAUAAGUACAUAGUAAAAGGUAGAGGUACAUAUUAUAUAUACAUGAGAAAAACUACUUACUAGAGACGUAUGAUGAUGAUGAUGAUUAUACAUGUUUAGAUUAUCCUCUAAGCAGCAUGGUGGUAGUACAGAUAAGGGCUCAGCAGACAUGCACAUGAGUGCGCCGAAGGUAGGAGCACACAUCUUGGAGGACCUCGCUUUUGGAUCGGGUGACGAAACUGGUACAGCUGGCAAAGUUAAGGCUACUAUUACCAUCGGGAACUUCUUCUGGAGGUCAACGUGAUGGUCAAGUAGAGCAUAAGAUCACUUACCACUUGGGUUUACAACUUGAAAUAUAUAUAUAUUAUGUAAAAAAAUAGAAAGAACCCAUCCUCGAUGAAUUAUCGAAGGUAAAUUGUAGCUUUUUCAUGGUUGGUAGGGCUAGUACCAACAUAUGAUUAGCCCAGCGUCCACCGUUGGUAGGGGGCUAGUACCAUAUGGUUAACCCAGGUAGCUCCAUAAUUUACCAGGUAGGUUGGAUCCCUCCUCGACGAGGGUGUCAUGUUGUGUGUCCAAUGCACCAGGGAUAUCGAUAUUCGUGUUGAAUAUAAUUCUGCUCGACGAGGCACCAUAUCCAUAUGGUCCUGAGGAUGGCUAUAGCUUAUGGACAGCUCUAACAAUAAAAGCAUGGAUAAAGCACAUGCGAGCAAGAAAGAUUAAGGCUUUUGAGGAGCGACAACUCGAACUGCUCAAUUUCAAAUUAAAAGCAAAGCCAAAGCUGUAAAGUAGUAGUAUGCCGCUUGUGUCCAAGUAGUAGUAUGCCGCUUGUGUCCUCAAAAAAGAUAAACACUCUGAAAAGGUAGAGGAUACUAGUACUGAAAAGGAGACAGGUCUGUUAGAUUGAGAUCUCUACUCGACGAGAGAGUGCAGCUUCUUCACCCAAAGAACAAAGGAUAAAUGAACUUCUGAAAUUUCUCUCUCUCUUCCAUUUCUACAUCUCUGAGGACUUUCCACCUGCUACAAGUUCUUCUAAAAAGCACGUCUAAAAAUUUGAUUCUCUUCCACCUUUGUACCUUUCUCCACCUGCUAGUACUUCUUCGAAUUAUAUAUAUAAAUAUAAGUGCAUUUAAUAACAUCUCUUCCUUUAUUGUACACCUUGAUCCUGGUCUCAAUCUCUUGUAUUUCUAAUACGGUCAUACUAGAG